UGUAUGCCAUUUGUGUCGGACAAAGGUGGAAAAUAGCCGUGAAAUUCGCCCUUAAAAUCUAAAAGGAAAUUGAUAUAGUUGUGUCUAAUGGUGUCAUAAAUACAACAAUUAUAUGUUACAUCCAAUCAAAUAACAUUGGACGGACAAAUCGUCCAGGAAUUCGGUUUAUGCGAGGGUUUUCUACUGAAGCCCUGUUUCAUGUAUUUUCAUACAUUGGAUACCCACAUCCAUGUACAUUAAUGUACAUUAGUAUAGGCCUAUUGCACUACAGUACACUGUGGAUGUGUGUAGUGGGCUGUCAUUUACUUGCAUGACUAGGGCUCAAGACAACAUGCAUAACAGUGCCGUGUUUGAAAUAUCUAUGUGGAUAUAUAUGUAAUUCACUGUUUUGGAUAUUGACAUUUCCAAAAUUUUGUUCCUCAUUUUCCCCCGAAUGUCAUUCUCAAGUUGCGCAACUUUUUUUCUCCCUGGCGCCAUUGUUUUUGCCUGUUUUUUGGCUAACAUCUCAACGCCAGCGAAUGCCAAGCAUCGGCAAAGUGGCCUUCUCAAUGGAAGCUGUUAAAUCAUUCAUCAAAGCCGAAAGAGAAUGCGAGGAAAGGUAUCGUAAUUGGACAGCAAUAUUCGACUACGAUGCUGUAGGAGAAGACGAGCUGACCCUUCGUCGUGGGAUCCAGGUUGAGGUCCUAUCGAAAGAUGCCAAAAUAUCGGGCGACGAGGGCUGGUGGACUGGAAAAAUUGGAGAUAAAGUUGGGAUUUUUCCUAGCAACUUCGUCACUCAACAGUCCUAUGUGGAUCAAAUAUCACCGCAGUCCCAUGACCGCCCGUUUGAGAUCCCAUUCUCAGAAAUUGAAUUGGAGGAUGUAAUCGGUGUUGGUGGGUUCGGUAAAGUCUAUCGCGGAAUAUGGCGUGGAGAGGAAGUGGCGGUCAAAGCUGCCAGACAGGAUCCUGACGAACCUCUCAGCGUGACAGCGGAAAAUGUGCGCCAGGAAGCUAAACUGUUUUGGCUGUGCAAUCAUCAUCAUAUCGUGGCAUUGAAAGGAGUAUGUCUCCAGGAACCGAAUCUAUGUCUUGUUAUGGAAUAUGCCCGUGGUGGCUCUCUUAACCGUGUUUUUGCUGGUCGCCGGAUUCCUCCUGAUGUUCUUGUUGACUGGGCCAUACAAAUUGCACGUGGAAUGCAUUAUUUGCAUGAAGAAGCACCAAUGCCUCUUAUACACAGAGAUCUCAAAUCCAGUAAUAUCCUUAUACGAGAAAAGAUAGAAAAUGACGAACUUCGAAACAAAACCCUCCUGAUUACUGAUUUUGGCUUAGCGAGAGAAGUGUACAAGACAACUCACAUGAGCGCGGCAGGGACUUACGCCUGGAUGGCACCAGAGGUGAUCAAAUCAUCCACCUUUUCAAAAAGUAGUGAUAUUUGGAGUUAUGGUGUAGUAUUAUGGGAACUGCUCACGGGAGAGACGCCUUACAAGGGUAUCGAUGCUUUAGCGGUAGCUUAUGGUGUCGGCGUCAACAAACUAACACUGCCUAUUCCUACCACCUGUCCAACCCCCUUUGCUAGGAUUCUAGAAAAUUGUUGGGACCCCGAGCCACACGAACGACCGACGUUUCGAGAUAUCAUGGAUAUCCUCGAAGAGAUUGCGGUGUCGUCGUUUGUGGACACGCCCCAGGACUCAUUUCAUACUAUGCAAGAGGAUUGGAAGUUGGAAAUCCAGCAGAUGUUUGAUGAACUCAGGUCAAAAGAAAAGGAACUGCGGUCAAGAGAAGAAGAAUUAACCAAGGCAGCACUUCAACAAAAACUCCAGGAAGAAGUCCUGAAACAGCGCGAGCAGGAACUUGCCGAGAGGGAGAUCGAUCUGUUAGAACGCGAGCUCAAUAUCAUGAUUCUGCAGCAGAUAAUGAGUAAACCGACACCAAAAAAACGGAAGGGAAAAUUUAAGAAAAGCCGGUUAAAACUGCUUAAAUCUGGCGGCAAGAGUAUAAGCGAGCCAUCAGAUUUCCGUCAUAAUAUCACUGUUCAACAAGAGACUGCUCCAUAUGCUGCUAAAGGUGGCACCCACCUCCCAUCUAGUCCUGAUAGUCCACCCGCCUCUCCUGCAUAUCCUCGUCUCAGAGCUAUUGCAUAUCCAGUCGGUGGUGUUAAGGGUAAAACCUGGGGUCCAAGUACGGUACAGAAGGACCGGCAUCACCGCCAGUCGUGGAUGUUUGGUGAGGGACGCUGGUCCAAAAGUGCACCAAAUCUUGAGAAAUCUCUGCGGCAUUUAGGAGGACAUUCCAACAUAGGAGCUCUCCAGGAAUUAGCUGACAUAAAUAGGAGGAUUUUAAGUCAACUAACUGAUUACGAUGAAGACGAAUGGCCUGAAACUCUCGGAGAAACAAAACUCACCGCUCCACCAGCUAACAUUCCCUGCUACAACGGUACGUCGGCUGCGGCGUCUGCCUCUGCAUCGGCCUCAGGAUCCACUAGCGCCACCGCCAGUGAUACGGGCAGCCUCAAACGAUUUACAGUCAAGAAACGCAGCGACACCGUCUUGUAUAACAUGACGGUGAUAUUAGCAUCAGUGGCAGCUGGGUUUGACAUCCGUUUAUCGAACACUACAGCAAUACAUCCGCGCUUGCAUACGGCAGAGGAGGAACCGGGUAAUGUUAAAAAGAACAAAGACGCUUUCAUCGGGCAGCGGCGGGAUGCGUACCUUGCCGCAGUCAGAGACGCCUUUAUUGAGCCAGAAUCAAGCUACCAGUAUUAUCAGUAUUCAGGUUCAUCAGGCCACCACACAUAUCACGGUAUUCAAAACCGUCACCGACCAACGGUGAACUUUGACCAACCUUUACGGUUUACGGAGACUACUUUAAGUACUGGCGACGGGUUCAGCUCAAGUCCCAGCCCGUCGCCUCGGAAAUCUUCAGACACAGACGAUUCUCUCAUUAUGUUCUCCGCUACUCCUGAUUAUCAGAGACAAGUGUCAGAUAGUAGUUCUGUGUUUGAAACACCACGGACAACGCCAAAAACAACUCCGCAGAGACAGUUUGUUAAAUUUGAAGACAGUAUUUCUCGGCCUGUCCUUGCACCUACUCACCAACGCACAUCGUCUAAUUGUUCUACCUCAUCUAAUCCUUCACAUGAAUACGGGUCCAGGGACUACCAGGGAGGCCCAGACUAUCGGUUACCUAGUCCUGGAAUCCAGUGCCCACCACCUCCACCGAGGAGGCAGCAGAGUGGCGGUGAUUACAGGGAACACCCUGAGCGACCAGGCACGUUAGACAUCCACCCACUCGCAGCGCGGCCUAGGACACAGGGUGGAAUUCUAAAAUACUCUUCUCCUAGCCACACUGUAAAACAAUCUUCAAACUCGCCAAAUCAGAAAGGUCUACCAACGCCUACCACUUCCGAUAGCGGUAUUACUGGCGAUGACUUAUCGUUUAUGUCUGCACGGUCCCGUGCAUCCCCGGGCAGCACCCCACCUCAUCUUACUCAUUUCAAAACCUUACUCGAUAUCGACGUGGAUGGACAGAGUGACGACUCCACGGAACCUUUAGUUGGCAAUGAGAAGGAUGGGAGGAAAAUGUCCUUUUCUGACUUGGGCGAGCUUUGAUCUGAGGAGAGUGCACCGUGAUGGGUGCAUGCCUGCUGUUUAUGGUGCUGUAGCAUAUCUAUAGCCAGUUCAAGAUCAUGACGGCACGCUGUGUCGAACUUGUCUAGCGGUGGUCAAAGAGUUGAAGGCAAUCUUUUUGUCGCGUUUUGGGUGAUCAAAUUAUAAAGUGCCUGAAUUCAUUGUGACAUGUUUGGCCAGAUUCCAGUGGUGGAUAACGCCGUAAAUCAAACCAAAAAUGGGACGUCUGCUUGUCUAGAAAAAGCACUGAAGAGGGAGUCAAAUGUGUGUUUGAACCGAGGAUGUUCUCAUGGUGCAGGACUGCUUGGGAAAGAUUACUGGUAUAUUGUUACGACAUUGUCCACACCGGAAUUUUCUAAUGUUGCCAGACUGCUAGGAGAUGGAAAGGUUACUGGUAUAUGGUGGCGAUGUUCUCCAACACUGGUAUAUUGCUGGGCUUUACUGACGCUAGAUUUGGCAGUGAUGAAUGAUUGACCAGAAAAAGAAUCCAGUUGAGCAAAAACUUUGUCUGAACAAUUUUUCUAACUACAUGUAUCUUCGAAAUUGGUGUGAUACAAAUGGAAUUGCUCAAAUUCCGACCAUAGAUUUAUUGUUGGUAACGGUAGUCUUUUGCUGGUCAAAUUGAAAAAUUCAUCAUCUCUUCAUGAUCUUAUAGUCAGUGUGCCACUGCCCAGUGAUGUUCCAAUAUUGGUGAUAAAUCCACAGCCAAAAAGAGUUGCCGAUACUACUGCUGAUGUUCUCAAAUGGAGGGUGCAAUCUGAUAUAGUUCUGUGCUAUUGAGAUCUGCCAAAGGUGCAAUAACUUGUCUCUGCUAUGACAUUUGUCAGCCAUCCAAUCCCGAAUGUGGAGUCAGCCUUGCGGGACAUUGUCUGGUAAAAGUGUAGGUCAGUGACUGCCAGUGUCGUCAGUGGCCAGUGUCAACCUUGCAUAAGGCUGUUUGCGAGAUUGGAACCUGCCCUCAUGCUACUCGGUAUACCACAUAUGGUUAUGAAACGUGACAAAUGAAUAACAGAGGUAAUGUUUAAACUUGUCUACAACUCGAGAGCGUGACCUUGAAAAGUUUUCGCAGUACAAAAAACAAAUGUUCUUCCAAAAGUGGCCAGUUCUGACAAACUUGUUUUCGCUUUGAUUUGGGUGUUGUGAGGAAAUAAGUGACCCAUCACACCAGAAUGAGGUGUAAGUAGAAUUUGGGGCAUAUGGCGUUACCCACAUGUUGAUAUAGCUUAGUUUAAAAGCUAAUUUUUGAUACAAUUCCCAUCUUUUGUGUUGAGGUCUUCACAAAAUUUCCUUAAAGUUUAAAUUGCAGUUUGAAUUAUUUUUUGCCAAAUGGGCUUAUCGAAUACUUAGAUGUGGUGUUUAUGAGCCUAAUCAUGUCAUAAUUUGGGAAUUGGACCAAAAUUAACAUAAUUAUAUGUUGUAAAAGAUUGCUCAAGACCACGCCUUACGACUUACUACCCAAUUUGGUGGGUUUCAUCAUUCUCUCGAGUUGUUGGCAGUUAUAGUGUAGUUUUAACGGGCAGAGAGUCUAGUGCUUCCAUUAUUUGGAUGAGGUGUUCAGGACUUGACCAGGGAGGAUUGCAAAGGAUUGUCAUUCUGGGUAAAGUGAGUACAUCACAUGUACAUGAGUGAUGUACACGUUGAACCCAGAAGUGAUGCAACCCCAUAAUCCUCCUUUGGACUUGACAGUGGUCUGUAUAAACUGUUUAGUCGUCGUUCAGUGUAUGGCUGUUAGCUAGGUUGUUAACUAUGAUGGGGAAUUGGAAGGCAAAUGAUUGGAAUUCUAAUGGGAGUGAAUGAAUGGUGUAUUUAUUGGAAGUUUAGCAGCUCCAGGUGCUUCAAGCUGCUGGCAUUGAAUUCCUUCUCGACAUUGCUAGCACAAAGUCAUGUAUCUAUAUAAUCAUUGACGUUCAAGUCUAAAAAUCAUGAUCAAAAGUGUCUCCGUGGUUUCUCUUUGUAACAGCGAUUGUUCUAUUGGUCAUCAGGGUUUUGUACAGAUGUUUGUCAGUGGUCUGUGGGAGUAUUAUCGUCCUUGAAAUUCAGGGAUGUGAUAUUUCCAAUUUUUGAAGGAUUUCUGGUUUUUCACCUCGUAAAAAGGGGUUAAUUUGACAACAGGAAUGGAAAGGUCAACGCCUCAACUCUCUAGAACCUUGAAUUCUGGAAAUCGAACCAAAAAGAAACGUUUUCGAGGCAGAGUAUUAAGGGCAUUUCAAAAGAUAACAUUUUCACUGGAAAGAUUUGUCAGUGUUUUGUGCUCAUAGAAUCAUCACAUCCCUGCCAAGCAGUAAACCUCUAUGUAGUACCAGAGACUGAUUUGGAUUAGCGGAACAAUGAUUUGACGACCAUACUGGUGUGUUCCGCUUUCAUCAGUAUUUGACAUCAACACUGCCAUUUGCACGACUGUUGAUCUCCCUGUUUUGAUUAGGCGUUUGUCAUGGGCUAUGCUCCUGUGAGGAGCAUUACAGUUACAGAUAGUUAGGUAUCUGGUUUACCUAUAUUCAUAUGAAGCGAAAGAGGCAGUUGUUAUUAAAACCAACAUGAGACCGCAUCCUAGAAACAUGCAUUCAUGAAAAUUAACUGUUUUUUCAUCGCAAAUCAGCAAACAGGAACACGUUUAAUGAUGAAACUUUUCUGGCUGAUAAAGGGCGUAAAUUCAUGGCCUGUUCUUUUACUUUACUGUCACUGGACCUAUAACGCAUCUACUUCCAAUGGCUGGCAGAUCUCGCUGUAAGGUUUCUACUGCUUAAAGGAUACGCCGUUCGUAAUUACUGCUGGUCCAGGAAAAUAGAAAUGCAGUUAUUGAUAAUGCCACAGUGCAGUUAUCAUGUGUGCAACCUUACUGUAUAGUCGGUAUAUAUAGUAUUUGUACAUCUGUCUGUACAAUGGCUGUGUUGGAAUUUAUAUUCAGUACACAUUUACGCAAUUAGAAAUUAGAAAUUUCAUUUACAAAUUUUGAAUUUUUAACAAACGGCGUUGACCUUUAGAGUGAUAUCAUUACGGUGAGGAUUUGCCGUCAGCCAAUCUCAUGGGUCAUCUUCCUUGGUCUUGCUAUCCAACCCUUCUCGGUGUACAUACUUCUUGAGAGUAAACAUAUCAAAACUAUUGUUAUCCUGGACCUUUGGCUCCAAGUGUGCUGCAGAUUCCCUGCACUAUACAAACCCUGUUCUUGGAGAAAUCUCCAUGUGGUUGCCAGAUGGUGGCAAGCUCUAAAAUUUCUGGUCGUCUGUUAUACAAUUGGAGGUACAGUUGCCCUGCAAUAGGUUAAAUAUUGAAACUGAAGAGUUUCUACUUGCCCACAGGGCUUCAGUUUUAUUGAAGUGUUAACUUACCUGCAUGAAAAUUUUAUCUGGGGCAAGCGGACAAGUGGGAAUAUCAAAAACUGUGUGAGAGUCUUUCACGGCCCCCGAGGUCUUGACACGACCACUGACCUUUGACUCUAAAAUGAGUCAAACUGAGUCCAUUCGAUACACUGCAGCCCUUCGUGGUCUUAAAACAUCAUAGACAACACGUCCUGGUAAAAAGUGUCCUACUUGUUGCAUAAAUGAUAAAUUCUAAACUACAUUAUCUCAAAAGUUGAUUCGCGACCAUCGACAAAACAAUGACAAAUUGACCUGUCGUCUGCAGGGAAUCUCCAACUGCACUUGCGGCCCACCAAAUGUACUCUUCUUGUAAAUACAUGAGCUGAAUGAAAAUGAUACUAUCAACAAAACCUUCCUUUGAGGAUUUACAAGUUCAUGAAAUGAUCAACGUUUUUAUCGCAGAUUGUUCAAGGAUUUCUUGCUAUAAUGGAAAUGUAUUUGUCGUUUGUACAAAAUGAAAUGGUAAACAGUAAAUACUUUUAGUUUUUAAGUUAUAGUGGUUGACACUUGUAUGAUAACUAUAUGUGUACAUUACUAAGGUAGUUUAAACUGCCGUACUCUAAAGUAUUGUGUUGAUCUGAGUUUUGUCGACCGAAAUAUCAUGUCACUUUGCUGGUCUCUCCUCUCUACAUAACCUGGUGUCACAAGUAUGUUUUCUCCGAUAUCAAAACCAUUUCUCGUUACCCUGCAUGUACUUUGAAUUGAAUCUCAGAAAUGUCAUUGAAAUAUACAGUACUGGAAAAUUAGUGGUUAGCAGCCACUUUGAAAGUUGUGAUGGCUCCUGGCCGAUUUUACAGUGACUGUUCUUCAAUUUCAACUGAAUCAGUUGAAAAUGUUGAAUAAGUACUGUAAAACCGGUCAGGAGCCAUAACAACUAUUGCUGAGAAAUCCUUUCCUGUACUCAUGUGAAAUUUAGAUGAAAUGUUUUUGGAGGAAUGUCACAUUUGAUGAAUCUUUUUAUCAUAAUUCCUUUUGUUGUCAUCUGAAAGUGGAACAUUUCAAACCCUCUUCCAAUACAUUUUAAAACAUGCAUGUAAACAUUUCUCCAGUGGGAAGAUACUGUUCAGAAAAUUUGUGCAAUAUCAAUGAAAAAUGUUGUGUGCGGAAAGAUUUUUGGUCGUGUUUUUCAAAGGGCAGAUGAUAUCAGGAAUUCCUGCACCAAAUUUGAUUAUUAAAAGUUGCGAAAAAUUUUAUGACAAUUUACAGAUAGUGCAAUAGGUUGCUUUGAUCCUCUUUUAACCAUGUAUUAACAUGUGAUCUACUGGUUUUGCUUGCCUACGCCAGUUUAGUAGUACACAGGGGAUUUGCAUGAUUAGAAAAAUGUGUAUAUGCCGGUCGUCAUACACUACAUUGGAUACUGAAAUCACAAACGAAAUGCUGAUUUCAUUUGAAAUCUUAGUAUUUCCUCAGAAACUAGUAUUUCUCCUGUUCGCCCUUAAAUAGGUGGUGUAUAAAUUUAUUGACAAAUUCAUAACUUAUUAAGUGGACCGUUGCCGCAUGCCAGCACCCCUUGGGAUGUUGCUUGGUUUAUUAUCCCCCAUAGAUUUGUUUCUUUCCUGUACAUACAGUAAUGUCAAAAGUUUAUUUUCUUUGUUAAUUUUUUUCCCCCGAGUUAUUUCUUCUCAAUAUCAAAGAAGUCCCAUUCAUUGUACAAAAAUGUAUCAUGAGUUACUGCCAGCUGUGAAGAAUUUUGAGCUUCAGAGAUCCAGUCUAAGUUGCAUCAGAAAAAUGUCCACAAACAUUCUACCAACGUACAUGUAUCCAUUUAGCCUCCGCCCCAGCCGACUCAGAAACAAUCAGUAUCAAGUGUAAAUUACUGCUGACAGUAACUUGAAGUACAUUUUUACCUCUAUUUUAAAGAAAGUAGCCAUCGCAACUUCUGUGGUGCCCCCUACUCGUCUCUUAACACCUUCAGCACCGGUGUUUCAGCCCCCAAUACUCGCUUUUCAGACCCUCAGAAAAAAAAAGUAUUAGAGAUGGCUGCAUAAGGUCUUUUGCAGUAACUUCUCCAAGACAAGGUCUUCUUGAAUCAGUAGAGUUAUGUUAGCUACACUCCUUUACUACAUUUUAAUUUUUUGGUUGAAAAUGACCAAAAAUGACCAAAAUGACCCCCUUUUCCAACACCCUCUGACCCCCAUAAAAGUUCCAGGAACAGCUUAUUUUGUUAUUCAGUGGUUUGGUCGUUUCAGUUCUUACCUUGCCCUGAAGAUGGCGAUGGCGUAGUUCUUUCAUGGACUUCAUAAAAGAACUACGCCAUCGCCAUCUUCAGGGCAAGGUAGGUAGCUGAAAAGACUUUAUGGAAAGACUGGUCUUUUCAGUUCCUACUUUGCCCUGAAGAUGGCGAUGGUGUAGUUCUCUCAUGAAGUCAUUGAGACUCCGAUAACCAGCUCAAAGGUUGUGUGGCUCCUGACUUGCUUGACAGUAUUUCUCCCUCUUAUUAACUGGCAUAGUGAAUAAUCAAGCAAAAAAUUAACUUAGUUUUGCCUCAUGGAACGAGAAUCCAAAUUCGGUUUGAUUUCUUUUAGUUGGAAAACAGCCAAUAGUUUAUGUACCGCAAUAGACUUAACAUUGCUAGAAAGUUAGAAUGGAACAUGCAUUAGAAUUCCUGUAUCAAGAACUAACACUUUUGAUCUCUUCAAAACAAAUCUAUUCGUUUAGGGGUUUGAGCAGUUGAGGCAUUCUGUCAAGUCAUAAACAUAUCAGUGUAUUUCCUUAUCUCGAUAUGCUUCACUAAAAAUGAGAGAAAUCGACAUACUCCAGAGUUAGUCCGAGUGAUCACCAAUAUACAUAUAGAUCAGUAAGAUUUAACAAAGUUAAGCUUCUCGAUAUUAAUUUAUUGCAUCUUUAAUGCUAUAUUUAUUAUUUAUUCUUCAUGUUAUGUCACAUCUGUAAUUUCUAUGGAAUUAAGAUGUGAUGGUCUCUUGCUAAUUAGCUUGCUCCCGAUUAGUUGCUAAUUACAUGUGAUAAUUAGUGUUUAUGCGGUAAUUCUCUCAUUUUGGUGGAGCAUUUGAGAUUUGGAGAUGUGCAAGUGAUAGUCUGGUAAAGUGCUUUGACCAAGGCUAUAAUUGUAACUAUCACACUGCAAUCCAUAGCAGAGUGUCAUUUUAAAUAUCUUAAUUGUAUGUAAUUUUAAGUUUCUGACAGGAUACCUGAAUUGUUCAUUAUUGCUGCUUUUAAAGCAAAGUCCUUCAUUUUCAUUGCAAAAAAAUUCCCACAGUUAUAAAGAAAAUCAAAAGGGUAAUACAGUCCUGUACUGUUUGUAAAAUCGUGCCUUCCAAAAACAUAUUUCAAAGUAUGAAAUGUUGUCCAAAACACUUGAAAGACUGACUGACCAUUCUUAUAGUUUUUCAUUCAAUGACUUGACACGUUCACAAUUUUGUUGCAUACUGAAAUGGUUGAGAAACAUACAACUAAAAGAAUCCCUUUUAUAACACAGUUGAAAUUAAGUUUUAAAACGCAGUGAGCAGUUUAAGGAAUUAACACCACACUGGCGAGUCUUUGCACUUAAAUUGAGACCAGGAGGGUUGAGCUAAAAUGUAGGGCUAAUCUGAGGCGCGCUGCGCUGUUCCGGUGGAAGGUUUGGUGUAGAAUUCAAGCUCCACCCGAUGGUCUCGAUUAUAGGUGUGUUCAAAUGUAUCUUAGAAAAAGAGCUUAAUUGUCCUUGUUUGCUGCUUUGCUUCAAUCUUACAUGGCCAGGGUUCGUACUACAUAUUAGCCACACUAACUUUGAUAUGGUGAAAACCCAGGGCUACACAGACUCUUGAUAUGGCUUGUAAAAUUUGGCCAAGAAAUCCAAAAUCAUUGUGCAGUCGUAUCAUUGUCGAGUCUGGCUAGUGAUACUAUGAGCCGAGCACAUCCUGUGCUCAGAGUAUGCAAGACAAAUAGAACAAUCAAAGGAAAUAUUGCUCAUUACAUGAAGUAGCACAUGGGCAGCACCUGUACUCAAACACUUCAGGGAAAAUCUCAGGACAGUUGUAGGCCUAUUUGGAAACGAGGCUCCUGAGGAGCUUUAGGCCCUUCUGAAUUUAAGUUAUGGUCAAUGUUUGGCUUAAUCUAGAAGGUUGUAAUUUGAAUGGGUUGCCUUUUAGCUGAGCAUGCUGUGGCUUCCGUAAGCACAUUCCCUCACAUUGAUCUCUGUCGAUGAAUAUAUGGACAAUUUGAAGGGUUAUGAGAUGUACACAACUACAGUAGAACCUCCCUUAGCGGACACCGCUCUAUUAAGAACACAAGUUUUGGUCCUAUUUGAUGGUUUCCAUCUAAUUUGACCUCUCUAAUCAGGACACCUCUCUAUCAAGGACAGCACUAGUCAGUCCCUAGAGUGUUCUUAAUAGAGAGUUUCUACUGCAUAACUGAAGCGUAGCUUUAUUAUUCUUUUUUUGCUCUGAUAGGUAACAAUUUCAUAUUAAACCCAGUAAUCUUCCCCACAAAUGAAUUUAUCCCUAGUGGAUAAAUUGUGAAUGGCCAGUAUUUUGGUGCAUCGAGUAUGUUGUAUUUAUUGGUUCUAGGUAAGCCUGAUCCUUACUAUUGCAUACUCCAUGAGCAAUACGAACAAAAUUUGGUUGAAAAUGUCUGACACAGGAUCGCAUUAAAGAAAUUGGGCGGGAUAAGAAAUAAUAUUACAGGUUGGUCAGCCUUUGAUGUGUUUUGGCCGAGUUUCACUCGGCAUAUACAGUCUUUAUCAGAAGUAAAUGCUCACAAUUUUUUCGGCAUACCAAGUGAAAUCCUUAGAUUGUUGUUUCAAAUCUAUUUACAAGGAAAGUCCCUUUAGUAAGGUUAUUAGAUGGCACCUUUACAUUGUGAAUGAAGCAGAGGGAAUUAACCAACCAUUCUUCACAGAUGAUGAAAAGACACUGACCACUUACUUUUGACCGAGACUUUAAGCAGCAAAACUUUAUUAUUACUUCAUGUCAUCCUAAAUUGACUGAAUCCACACGUCCAUUUUGUUCAAAAUAAACUACCUAAUGCAUGAGUAUUCAGCCAAUUUUUUGCGAGAUGAAUUUUUCUUGAAUGUCAUGUCAUUUAAGUUAUCUGUUACUAGCUUUAUAUGAAGGCUGUGUUUUCUUACAUGUGAUUUUGUUACAACCGUCUUGUGUAUUGUGUCUCAUGAUGUUCCAAUAUUAAUUUGAAUGCAUGUUAUUUUAUGUAAGUGGAGAGGGACAUUUGUAAGUAAUCAAAAUUGAAGAAAAAAUAUGAGAAUUUUUCUAAGUAAA